AUGGAAAAAGAUAUAGUGAAAAAGGAUGCUUUGGCUUCAAAUCCAAACUCUCCUGUCACUCCGAUAAUUAGUAACCCAGGCACACCCCGAUCUGAUGGAGAACAACAAGUGAGAGCCACACCUCCUCCAGGUCCUGCCCAACAGAUUCGGUUGUCUCAGCAACAGAUGAUAGCACAGCAACAUCAACUACACCUACAGCAGCUGUCAUUGGCUAAUCAAACCAAAUACACCCAGCUGCUGUCUGUUAUUGAGGAAAUGGGACGUGACAUUCGACCAACUUAUGCUGGCAGUAAAACAUCAUCAGAGCGACUCAAGCGUGGCAUUGUGCAUGCAAGGAUACUUGUACGCGAAUGUCUAAUGGAGUGUGAAAGAAGUGCGAGAACUUGA